AUGGUACGCCUUAAGACUACCGCUCAAAAGAGAACCUCCACUCGCUGGCGAAGUAAAGGGACAUCCUCCAAUCCCGGCGACGCGAAUGCCGUUCCUCAACCCAACCCUAACGAAGCAGAUCCACCUACAGAGAUGACAACAAUACCUCAAGAGUCUAACGCGAUGGUCUCGCCCGACAUCGAUGCAACUACAGCCCCACCCACUGCUGACGCAAUAGUUCGUCCAAAAAAAACAAUAGCAGCCGCUCGGAACGACGGUAAAAUCACAUUUAGGCGAACUCGCCUAGGGAAAGGGAAAGCUAUCCUACCACCAUCGGAAGCCGAAUUGACUGGAUUUUUGAAAUUCACUACCAAAGCCCGAAAGAACAGGUACGCCGAUGUACGAACGCGAUCAAUUUACCCAGGAUGCUUCACGGACCCUGUACCACCACCGCCCCCUCCUUCAGCGACUUUUCCUACUCUUCAUCCUCUAGCAAAUCCAGCCAGUGAGGAUACGUCGUCAACAGACUACCAGCAGUGA